ACAAGCAUUCUGGACGUUCAAGGUUAUGUUAGGAAAAGCGCGGUCGAGUUUGGGAAUAGGUUCCAGUUGAUUCGUAGUAUCUUUCUAGGUAAUUCUGCAGGAGUACAGGCCAAAAUGUUGAUGAGAAUAGACUCCUUAAGGUAGUCGUAGUGUCGUAUGAACAUUUUGCUAACCAUUACCCGAAGUUAUAAAUAUAGAAUAAACAGGAAGGUGGCUGUAACCGGACUAGAAAUCCGUCGACAUAAUGGUGAGGAAGAUCUCCACAUAGUGAACUUGCGAGAAGUAGUAAGAAUAGAUGCGGGAAAGGCUGCGAUGUCACUAUGUACAUAGGCAAUAAUAUGAACAUCUGUUUCUUCGUUUAUCUAAAAAUGGAGUACAUUGACAAACUCCCGGAUGAGCUAUGCUGCAAGCCUAAACCUUUGAUCGUAUUUUCCGGUUUGGAUACGGAAAAAAAUCAAGUCCAUCGGUCUAUUUGGAGAGCCUUCAAUACUAGUAAAAGCCAUGACCGAGAUUCAUUUAAAUUUCGCUGCAAAUCAGUUGACCACCAGUUUCCAAAGCCAAAGUACAAGCAACUGGCUUCAUAUGAAUGGCUUAUGCCAAAAGGCAUACUCAAAACUGGUUGGAUGAAAAAACAUCUUGAAGAAAUACCUGCAUUCGUUGCUUUAUUUUACGAUCUAGAUUGGGACGAACCACAAUGGGGAGAAAGGUCAACUGAAUGCGCUCAAAUGGUGGCAACUGUUCGAUCAAAACUUGCUGGUCGCGAAAGUAAAUUAGUGGUCAUUCUUAUACAAAAACGUGCCCCCUUACCUUUGGGUGAAGAUCUUAAUGCCAUGGAUCGAGCUCAAUCUCUUUGUAAUAAGUGUGAUCUUCCUGGAAAGAAUUUAUUUGUUUUGUCGCAUACAAACUUACUUUAUGGAUGCAUUACAAGAUUAGAAGAUGAAUUUCGUGAUAUGGCAGCUAACUACUAUCAUAAUCAAGCUAAAAAAGUGAAAGCUCACAAGGAUUCGCUCAACAAAACUAGUCACCAGUUAUUGUUUGUUCGUCACGAGUUCAAAAUUGCUUUCUAUGCUGAAUUAAAACAAGACCCAGGAUUAGCGCUAAAACAUUAUCAACAGGCAUAUAAUCAUUUAACAGAAUUGAGAAUGUUAGAUGCUCAUUUGCUGGAGGUGAAAACAGUAGCUGGAUUUAUUAACUACAAGAUAUGUCGCCUGGCUUUUCAAAAUAAUGCAUCUGAUGCAAUAUCACAAUUUCGAAGACAUAUUAAUUUUUUUGCUAAUCUCGUUGGAUUACCACAGUUAGCUUUUGAACAUGAAGCAUGGAUGUCAAAGCAGUUUGAAAUUCUUGGAGAUCUUUUUCAAGAAGCUAUCAAAUCUAGUCUCACUCCCCUUAUGACCCAACAUCCUGGAUUAUAUUACCAAGAAGCAUCUAGGCAUGCUGUUUGCCGUCGUCAGUUAUGUCAAGCUUUAUGCAUCCCCACUGUUAAAGCUGCUGAAAUGAAUGCAGAUGACAGAUUAUACUAUCCUUUGUCAACAGAAUCUAACGAAUCCACUGUUGGAAUUGACGCCGCUUUCGCUGCAGACAGCGGUCUAUUUGCCGAAGAAAGUGAAUCUUCACCUCAUUUACCAAAUCAUUCUUUAGAAUGUUCCAGAUCAAAACGUACAGCAAUCAACACUGCUGUAGAGUUUGUUCGAGCUCAGUCACCUCUUUUGUUUAAAAAACAAAUUUUUACAGCGGACAGUCCAAACUUAUCAGGCUUUCAUUCAUCCAGUCUGGUACCUGCAACAGACUGUUUGUCAGCUACAGAGAAAAUAAACGGUCUUGAAUUUUACGGUCAGCGAUCUUGGCGCCAAGGUAUUCAAAGUAUUGAACCACCAAAUCCAACAAAAGAACGAGAAGGGAUCUUAGGUUUGCAAAAAGAAGAACUCAAAGUAGAUCAUUCUAGUUUUAUUAUACCACUGCUUGAACAAACUCGGUUGCAAUACAAACGAUAUAAAGCUGAACGAAUGAAACUAUAUCCGUGUAUUUUAAUGGGUUCCGAAUAUUAUGAUAAACAGGAUUAUGAUAAGGCUCUCAGUUGUUAUUUAAGUGUAAUCAAUGAAUAUCGUAGCGAAAAAUGGUGGUCUCUCUAUACUUUCACACUGAAGCGAAUUGCAACAUGCGCAUAUUUGAUAGCUCAGUCUACAGUUUUUCUAUCUUCAUGUUUGGAACUUCUUGGACCCAACAGCUUGGUUCCCCUCUGUGAGAAAGUACAAGCUCAACAAGCAAUUUUUGAUUUCCUUAAGACAGGAGUUCCUAAUCUCAUAAUGUUUGCACCUGAGCUUGAUCAUACCAUAAAAACUAUCGAAGACGGGUGGAAGAAACAGUUAGACGUAUUAAUACAACAUACUUCGAAUGCACAUUCGGACGUUGCACAUAAUGAAUCGGUCAAUGAGAACAAAGUUGAUAUCGAGAAAAAGCCACAAAGUUCAACCAAUUCAUAUUUUGAUGAAAAGUGCAGAAUUUCAUUGGACAUUACCCGACUUAAUACAUGUAUACAAUGCAAAGUUUGCUUUUCACAACCAGAAUAUACUUUUGGUCAACAGGUUCAAUUGGCUGUCUUUUUACGAUCCUUUGCUCCUUUACCCAUCCUUGUUCACCAUGUCACUGUGACUUUUUCUACCAAGGUCGAGUGUUCAACGUCUUCACUUAAUAUACCACCUAGUACAAUAAACAAACCUUUAUUAGGAAAUUUUUCAACUCAUCAGACAUCGCAAACAUGGUCAUCUAAGUUUAUUCUGGAUUCAACAGAAAAAUUCAAAUUGAUUCUAUUAUGCCUUAAUCCAGACGUACUUGGUAACCAAAUUAAAGUUGAUUCAAUUCAUUUAUGUUUAUCACCUCCUAUGGUUAAUUGUCAUAAAGAUAUUAUUGAUGAAUUAAUAUUGUGUACAGUUUCAUGGCAAUGGAAUACAAAAUCAGAUUAUCAUCCUUACGUAAGUGGUCGUAAAACUAUUGGUCAUAAACAUCAUAAUCCAAAGAAACAGCAUGAUGUGUUACAUGAUAAUGUAAAUACCAUUAGUAAUAAUAAUUGUGGUUUAUGGUGCAAAGAGGUUGUUCUUUCAGUGCCAGAACGUCGAAUGCAGAAAAACCCUAUUAAAAUUAAAUCCAAUGGAUUCAUAAUUAAUCAUAAAUUUCCUAACCUUCCACCAGACUGGGAUAUUAUUGACAAUCGAAUUCGAACAGAAAUGCAUCAUCCAUCUUCCGGUUUAGAAAUUACUAUGCCAGAGAAUGUUUGUAUACUGGCGAAUGAAAUUUCUCAAAUAAAUUUAACUAUUCGCAAUCCAACACUAUGUGACUGUACUAAACUUAAUUUAACUGUCCGUUUAAUUCCGAGAGAAAAAGAUUCAACUGAAUUUCCUGACAAUGCUAGUAAUACUUCUACCACUGUAUCAAACACAACAAUGAUUACAAAUCCAUCUGUAAUAGACAAUUAUAUAAUAGUUGGCAGUUCAUCUGAAUUAAUAUCUCAUAUGUCAGCUAACAAUAUUAAUUCAUCUCAAAAAUCAAGUAGUGCGUAUUUUAUAAAGAAGUUAGACGACAUUCCGUCGAAUCGGUCUAUAUCUGUGACAAUUUCAUUAUGUUGUUCAUCUGCUUCGUUAGUUUCUAGUAAUAAUCAAACACUUUCAUGUUAUUUGACUUUCUCUACUAAAAUUUUACCUUGUGAAUAUCCCGAUUAUUUAUUAUCAUUAUCGGAUUCAUUAACAACAGAAACAUCAUUAGUAUAUACUGUUAUACAUGAAUCUAUGAAGUUAUCUAAUAACAUGGAGUCGUCGAAUAUAAAUAAUCAUUUAGUUCAAAAUAUAAUCGACCAAAAUGCAAUGGUAAUUCAAUGUAAUCAAAAUAUUGAAACUAAUAUAACUAUCUUGUCACCAUUUGAGUUAGACUAUAAACUGCUUUCCUUAACACAACAUCGUAUUAAAAGUCUUAUAGUUAACGACGAGUUUUUGUUAUUGUUCAAGUUAACCAAUACAUCCGAUUGUGAACUGGAAAUACACGAUAUACAAUUGGAAGUAGCUAAUGAGAUAUCGUGUGCAAAUGACUCCCAUAAUACAUGCAUCAAAAAUUUAAUUAUGCAAUCCUCAGAAAGUUGUACUGAAUGUCACAUGUUAUUAUUAACAGAAACAAUGAACUCACUCGAAGCAAUAAAUUUAGGCUCUAUUACUGUUCAUUGGUCACGUGUGUUAUCACGUAAUGAUGAUAAUAUGAAACCGUAUAUUGCAACGACAAAAUUCGCUUUACCGACUAUUCCGGUUUUAUCUUUACCUAUUCAAAUUAGUGCAGAACUUCCAGCUUAUGGUGUCAUGCUCACCCCAUUUCCAAUCACAUUUAUUUUAUCUAACAAAACUAUUUAUCCACAGGAGGCUGUUUUUCAAUUGGAAUCGAUUCAUGGUUUUAUGUUUUCUGGUCAACAAAAGCUGAAGUUAAGAUUACUGCCUGACUCACCGCACUACUUGAAUUAUACACUACUUCCAUUGAUGUCUGGAAAUUUGAAGUUGCCUCGUUUACAUGUUAUAUUAGAACGUUAUGCUACGUUAACAUCAAACACGCAAAGUGAUCAACCCGAUAUACACAUACAAUUAGAAGAAAAUCUCCUACGACAAGUUCCAACACAUCUGAUAGUAAUUAUGUUUGUCCGUUUGUAGUUUAACCACGUGUAUGGAAUAUCUAAACCUGUUACAUAUCGUUGUACGUAUAUAUGUUAUAUUUAUUCACAAAUACUACUAACACAUAUUUUGUUGAUUUCUUUAUAUUUCCUAAUAUCAUAUUCUAUUAUUCUUGUUUAUCUACUUUAUAAAGCCAUCAACGGAUGGAUUGUUUGAAUCAUCUGAGAAAAAUUCAAUAUUCAAUCAAGAAGAAAUUAAAAAUGUGUAAUACGAUAUAUAUAUAUAUAUAUAUAUAUAUAUAUAUAUAUAUAUAUAUAUAUAUCUGAAAAUAUUCUGUCACACUGUUGUUUUAUAAGUUUUAGUUGCCUUUUUGAAAAAACUUAAAUAUGAGCUUUUUUCAUUUGUCUGUUCUAAGUAACUUCUUAUCCCUUGACUUUUUUUUGCUUAUUAUUAUUACAAACCAUAAAUACCUUAAUUUUUACUUUCAAUAAUGAAUUCUCCGAAAAUUUCGUUCCAUCUCUUUUUUUUAUUCUUUGCAAUGCAUCAUUUUUGGAAUGUUUUUUGUAUCAUAAUUUCUUUAUUUCCAAAUAAAUCAAUUUACAUUGUUUUUCAACGUUCUUUUACUUUUUUUAGAUUUCAUUAGUGGGUUAUUUGAGAUUUCAUCCGCUAUUAUCCAACUUUUCAUAGGUAUAUAUUGAAAAUUCACAUGGAAAGCAACAUUUUAUUCAACACAGUGCUUUAGUAGUGAUCUACGAUUGAUAAAAUAUUAAAACUGAUCGAUAGUUUCAAUUGUUGACGUCUUAGAAUUCUAGAGAUCUUUUAUUCUUUGAGCAAAAUGAUUAAGUUGUGUAAUCAGAUAUUAAAAUGUCUUCACAAAUGUCUAUCGGCUUUUUCUGUUGUCAUGGAUUUCACUUAGUUCUUCUUUGCAAUUGUGUUGUUGUUAUUAGCACGCUAAUUUUGAUUAUCUGUUCUUAAGAUUUAAUAUGUGACCUAGUAAUUAAACGUUCAUGCUCUCGUCUGAUUGACCGGGUCUAUUUUAAUGUGUCUAUUGAUCGAUGAGUGAACAAAGUACCAUAUUUAUAAAAAUCGUGGUUAAAUUAGUGUUUUUUCUAUCCGAUAUUUCGACAUUUUCUCCGUUGCACUAAUGUCCAUAGUUAUCCACGUGCAUUUGUACAAGUGGAGGUAUGUGAUUGUGUUUAACGGAUAGAUAUUGCUCACUUAUAUCUCGUUGUAUAAAUUAUUUAUUUUUCAUGUAAAACUUGACCUCAAGAAUUCAACAAGUAGUUUUCUCAAGCUAUCACAUCUAUAAUAUGUAACUGGUGUAUUUGUAGGUUUCACUCUCUAUUUGUAUAGUUUACUUCCCCGGUCACUUUAAUUGAUGAAAUGAAUAAUUUUUGUGUGGUUAGUACGUUAUAUAUCCCUGAACCGUUACCAUCAUACCGGUCUUCGGUUGUGAGUCAAAGUAUUUAAAUAUGAUCUUGUGUGUGAUAAUUAGACGAUGAAUUUCAUUAACGAGGAGAAAUAAUUUCUUUUUAAGGAGGUAAGAUUGGAAUGGAAAGGCGUCCACUCAAAUUCUCCAAAAUAACAUGAGCGAGUAUUAAACCUCUUGAUAUGGUGUAAUCAUCUUAAAUUAUUACUCACUACGAUUAAAGCUUUGUGAUUUUGUAAUCUUUGCUUUCAUUUUUUGAUGGUACAGCUUCAUUUCAAUUAUUUCAUAGCUUUACUCAUCUAUUAAUUAGGAAAUGUUGGAUAAGAAAAUCUAGUUUCCAUCUCAAUUAAGUUGUCACUUGUAAUCCUAAGUGUUGUCGAGACUUAGGGUGCCACUCAGUUGCUAACUCGCUCUUUUAACGGUGGGUUAAAUAAUGGUCUCAUCGUAUCACUUGAAUGAAGUUGAAAUCGAACUCUAUUGUAUCGUACUCGCUGGUUAUCAUAAGUGAACAACAACUACUACACGAGGAUGAUACAGGUGCAUGUUACUCCCUGAUUUGAUGAAAUAUACCUUCGAUUUGAACUGAUCUAUUUGUAUCCGAAGACGAUUGAAUUAUUGGUAACUUCCGGAAAAUAUUUAUAGACUGUGAUUAUAUAUUUAUUUUUCUCUUUUCAUAAGCUAUCAUUUAACCUAUUAGCUACUAUUAUACGAUUUACUAUUCUUAAUUCAUCCCCAACCUACUGGUUACAGUCUACCACACAUAGACACUUUUGGCUUGCGUUUGCAUACCUAUUAUUUUCUAUUUUGUGGUGUGAUGCGAUUUGGUCUGCUUGUAUAUGAACUACUUAUGUCUGAAAUAUAUGAUUCAUACAGUGGAAUCUGAUAUUGUGUUCUGAACUCAACGACAGGGCUAGGCAAGAAGCUACUAUAUUAAGGAUCAAUAAGGAUUCAGAGUGCUAGGUCAUAAAAGUCAAUAUUCCAAUUGGCGAUUUUGUCACAUAAUAAUUGACAGGGUUAGAAGACAUUCUCAAGAUACCAUAAAACUAAAUAUUUCAUAAUGAUUAGUUGCAGACUAAUCGAACAAGUAAAACUUCGAUCAUGAAAUUAAUACAUAUCCCACUAAGCUUCUUAUGAUAAAAAAUGAUCAUUGGUUUAAAUCUGUGAUUUAGAGCGAAUCAAUAAUUAAAAUACAUUCUUUUCUAUUUCCCCUUGUAUAAUUACUUCUUGUAAUAAAUACCGCGUUUGAAACGUUGUAACCACCUGGUUAGUAUUCUUAAAUCUAGACAGGCAUUAAGGUUCCACAUAUUUUUCAAUUGUUGGAAUUCAUGAGUAUAUCUUAUAUUGUCCACCAAAGGAUUUACUUAGUGAUUAAAUGUCGAAAAAACAUUACGAAAUGUACAUGAACUACAAACAUAGGUAUCUCUUUAACAUUUUAAAAUACACUUCCCAAAGAUAUUUAUUUAAAACACGACCAGUACAUAUUUACUCCCAUCAUGUGUUUACUAAUCAGGUGUGCUGCUGUUAACAUAAUUCACACUGAAGGUUUUAGUGCAUUUAUCCUGUGUUUAUUGAUCCAUAGUGAUCACAUGGUAUCCGUAAUGCCUGAAAUAAUAACGAAUACAGUUGUAAAGGCUUAAAAUAGAAUUCUAGAUGAUCUUACUAUUUUUGGCUAUUGAUUUAUAUAAAUUUGUUAAAUCUUGUAAAUUAAAUGGAUUCUAUGAGAAUUUGUCCUGUUUAAGUAUAAUUGUUCAUAGAAGUUAGUUGGUCUUACUGAUGCCCUUUGUUUUGUGUCAAACUUUUACCUGUGAUCCUCUGAAUGAUCAAAUUCGUGUCGUGGUUUUACUGACUGAUUGACUCGUAUUCAUUCGAUUAAAGUAAAGCUCUGUGAUCGGUAUUCCGUUCAAUCUAUACUGACUCAAAUGAAGAUAUCGUUUACAAGUAAUCCCCGUUAACAACUUUUUGCUUGUACAAAGUCUAGUUUUUAGGGUUUCUACACACUAAAUACAUUACUUCAAGAUGCUUAAGUAGUUUAAGUACUUUAAUUUCACUUUUUUGUUUGUUUUGAUGCAAAAGAUCUGUAAGUGAUGGGGUGAAUCCCAUCAUGCUGAAAAUAAUACGACAACCAACUAUUGAUGAGUAAAGUCUUCGCAGUUAAAGAAUAAGUAUGUUUUUGAGAUGGUGGAGAAGAUUUUAGCUCAGGUGUAUGAUUUUGAUGGAGUUUUGUUCUCUGAGCUAGAUGGUUUGUAAAUACAUUUAAACAUUUAGACAAAUCAUCAUCUUACUUAAAUUCUCAAAUCUUUGAAUUAAUACAGUCUUGGAACUCACUCUUCUAACUUAACUGGAUUUCUGGUGAUAAAUAUUACUCUCUUUGAAUUACUUGGUACAUGCUUCUAUCACUUUUUUAUUUUAGCUUUGUAAUUAGACUUCUCUAAAUUACAUAAUAAGUAGAUUAUCAUCACAUGAGCUGCUGUAAUUUAGAAUUAUUCUGCACCAUAAUUUGUGUUUUCUUCGUUUGUAUACUUGUAGUGGGUUAAUUGUGAUAAAAGUAACCAAAAUGUUACUAAACUGUUGUAGUACUUUUCAGAAGUUUGAAGUGAGCAUCCUUCAACAUUUCACAUGUAUACGUAUGAAUUACACUAUCAAAUAGUAUUGUAAAAUAAGAGAGAAACAAAAUGAUUAGCACACAACAAUCUGUUCUGAGAAAAAACGUAUGUCAUUAGACGCUGUGUGGAUUGAGAUUUAAGGCUCUGCUAUUCUAUCUAGAUAUGUCAUGAGUGCGCACCAACAGCAAUAGGUCUCAACAUACGCAAAGGGAAAAGUAAGAUUCUCCGAUGCAACACAGCAUGCAAAAAUCGAAUCACACUUGUCAGAGAAGCUUUGGAGAAUGUGAAAUCCUUUACAUAUCUGGGCAGCUUCAUCGAUGAACACGGUGGAUCUGAUAUAGAUAUGAAUGCGCGGAUCAGCAAAGCAAGAGCAGCAUAUCAACAACUGAAGAACAUCUGGAACUCAAAACAUUUGUCAACCAACACCAAGGUCAGAAUUUUCAAUAAUGUCAAAACAGUUCUACUGCAUGGGGCGGAAACUUGGAGAACUACGAAAGCCCUCAUCCAGAAUAGUAUUUAAUAAUAGUUGUCUACGCAAAAUACCUCGGAUCCGUUGGCCAGACACUAUCAGGAACAACCUAAUAUGGAAGAAAACAAACCGGAUUCCUGCGGAGGAACAAUCGCUGGAAGUGGAUAGGACACACAUUGAGGAAAGCACCGAACUGUGUCACAAGGCAAACCCUCACAUGGAAUCCUCAAUACCAGAGGAGAAGAGAAAGACAGAAUAACACAUUACGCUGAGAAAUGGAGACAGACAUCAGAAGAAUGAACAAUAAUUGGAUGGAGCUAGAAAAGAAGGCGCAGGAUAGAGUGGGUUGGAGAGUGCUGGUCGGCGGCCUAUGCUACAUUGAUAGUAACAGGCGUAAGUAAAAAAAUCGUAUUUGUGUGUCAGUUGAUUGGUGGGUUGUUGGGGACGAUAGAUCCCCGAAAACUCAUAGUUUGUAAUUUGUCUUGUGGAGCUUGUAUGCACAUGUAUACGUAGGCAUUUCUUACCACCCACGCACAUAGUUGAUUGGCGAAUUUAUCGAUUAAAUGUUUAAAUAUUUCGAUGGCAGUCAAUUGACGAACUAUCGAUUAUAUGUUUAAAAGCUCCAUGACAAUAUCGAUGUAUAUAUAUUUGUAUAUAUACGUUUUAAAAUUGUCUUUGUAAAACGUUUGCUGGUUUCGGGUUGUUGCAGAAUAUACUUCUCAUUCCAAGCUUGGUCUUCUCUCUCUAGAUAGUGGGCUGGGACGCGUCAAUAGAUAGCUUACUGUUCGUUGGUCACUGAAUCUCGUUCUCGUUCGCAAACUACGAGAACCCGUGAUCUCUCUCUCUCUUUCAAAACCUAACAUGGGUGAACAGUGUAUCAUAUUUUUAAAAAUUGUGGUUGAGUUAAUGUUUUCUCUACCUUAUAUUUCGACGUUUUCUCAGCUGCACUAAUGUCCAUAGUUGUCCAUGUGUCUUCGUACUAUUUAAACUCAAUUUUAUUUAUUUUAUUUGUUUACUCUAAGGAAGUUACAUUAAGUCACGAAACAUCAGAAAUACAAUUUGCCCAAUGCCCAAUUUAUUUGAAACUAUUAAGUCCAACCUUGUCAUUGAAAUGUACAUUUGUUUUAUGUUUUAUACUGAAGUAUCUGCAAAUCACACUUAUCAAGUAGCUUAUUAGAUAUACACUACCCCUACUGUAUUAACACAUUUGAGUGUGAUCUAAACAAUUUUCGUAAAUCGACAAAUAAAAGAGACUAUUUUCCGUGUGUAAAAUCCAAUGUAUUACUCAUUGGUUUAUUCAGAAAACAUUAAUAUAACUUAUCUCGCUAAAUAAGUUUACACACAGCUUAAAUAACACCAAAAUAUUAUAACUAAUAUUAGUAACUUCCAAACUUAUUUUCAGUUCAUUUAUCGGUAGAUUAUCAAAGAAAUCUAUCGCUUUAUUUUAAAAAAGUAAUAACAUUUCAGCCAAGAAAGUUUUCCUCCUAAUAACAUCGUUUACUUACGCUAUAUAUUUUCAUUUAGAAUAACUACAAACAUUUGAUCCUUACAUCAAUAGCAUAUGUAAAUAGACUAACCUAUCUGAAGACACUCGAUAAAGUAUCUAUAUCCUAUGGAUUCUAGAACAUACUCUCCCUUUCUGUAGGCAGCCUAGUCUCAUCGCUCUUUCAGGUUAAUGUGUCUUGGUAUAUGCUUUCAAAGAAGACGUUAGUAUUCAUUCAUAGUGUGUCAUUUAAAAUGGAAUUGAAAUAAAUUCAAGUUACUUUGUUCUCGAAAUCGCAUUAUUCUUCCCUCGUAUCAAACCAUCAAGCUUACCAAAUGUGUAAAAAUCGUACUUUAUCGCUGGAAAAUUACUAUCGUCAGAAUCGAUCACAACUCUUCUCCCCAAUUAAUUGACUUUGGUAUUAUUGUUUAUUUAUUUAUUUGAACACAUAAAUACUGGCACAAGAGGGAACCAGACAAAUCUCAUUUGAUUUGUGUAAGGUCUGUGAUACUGCCUGGGUGCCCAAACCGAAGCAGGUGGUUCUCUUAGGUGACCACACCCCGAGCUUUCGACCUAAAGAUCUGAUCCACAAGGAAGUGGACCAUCUUAAGGAGAUGCAGUCCCAUGGUAGCCGGUGACCAACGAUUGGUUCAUACGCCAUUUGUUCCCCCAGGUUACUGGAGCCCAUGUGUACCAUUGGUUUGGAAUCAGGGUUUUCCAACUCCCUUAGGUGGGCUCUCCAUGUCCACCAACCCGGUUAAAGCGCCCCACAUUCGCUUUUCGUGCUCUCAAUUCCGUAAACAACACCCCCGCCACGAGAAGGCAGUGAGUAGGACUUCCCUGGCAGAGGCUAUAUACGCGUGGCCAUGUGAGAGCAUUUGGAGAGUGAGAGAGCGGACUCCAAAAUCUCGGCCGUACCAGGGCAUUAUUGGUAGUUCCCUUUGACUUGAGUUUUUCUAUAAUAUAACGACUUGAUUGAUAAUCCUCUUACUAGACAGAUGAAGUAUUUUAAUAAUCAGCUUACAAAGAAAACUAGAAUUUAUUUGCCAAACAUUUAUAUCAGCAGUAUAUCUCUAAUAUAUACCCAAAUUGAAUGGUAAUUACAUAAUGAUAUUUUCGAACUAAUCUUAAAGUCAAAUUUUUAAAACCAUACUAAAUUUAUCAAGUAACUCCUUUUAUUAGUUAAAAUUUAUAAUGGCAAUGAUGUAAUCUUUCAUUUAAUAGUCUAUGUCAUAAAGAUAAUAGUUAUAAGAAUGAUUAUGAAACUUAAGAAAAUGAUUGAAUUGUAAAGGAAACAAUUUUUUUAACUUUAUGGUCCCUAUUACGUAUUUACGCGGUUCAAUGUUUUAUAUUUCGACUUCAUAAUCAUUGAAAUGACAUUUUAUGUAUUUCAUUUAAUUACGUAUUGCAAAUUUACUAAAUUUUAAUGAUUUUUGCAUAGAAAAUUUUAAUG